AUUCGGCAAUUCAGAUGCUUCUUCAAAUUCAUGAUCCACAACUGUUAUGAUGUAUUUGUCAUUUUUUCUCCUCAACUUUGUUUUCUGUUUCGUUAAUGGUGUGACAAAUUCGUCUGUGAGUUCAAUUAAUAGGGACCCCUGUAGCUACUGCAACGUUCAGUUGACUUGCCAGUGCACGGACCUAGGCAAAGCCGUGGACUCUUUAAAAGUAAAGGUAGAGAAGUUUUCUGGAUUGAACAACAGUACUCUAGGGAGUUGUGGUGCAAUAAAGUCCGUAGAGGCAAAAGUGGAGAGUCUAAUUAAACAGAACAACAAAACUUCUGGGGUAGGCGAUGCCGUAAAGACCUUAGAAGCAAAGGUGGAGUCUUUUUGCGCUAACCAACAAGACUUUUGGCAUCAGCGAUGUGGUCAAGUCUUUGGAGGCGAAGGUGGAGAGCCUUACAGGACUAAACAACAAAACUUCUGGCGUCAGCGACGCUGUACAAUCCUUGGAGGGAAAGGUUGAGAGUCUGUUUGGUCUGAUUAACAGAAGUUUCAUUCCACAAACGGCUCAGAAACCAGCAGGUAAUCUAAAAGAUAAUUACAAAUAUUUAAGCGUCAUAAAAAAAAUCUCAUUCAGUUUAAUUAGUUUUCAUCUUACUCCCUUGUAUAUCCUUUCUUAACAUACUGUAAUAUCGCCUGGUCCUCCACCUACUGUUCCAACCUAAACUGUAUUUAGCUUUUGCAAAAGCGUCUAGUGCGGCUCAUAACAAAAGCUCACUAUCUAGCAAAUACCGCCCCUUUAUUUAGCCAGCUUAAAGUCCUUGACAUAUUUGGUAUUAAUUCAUUUUCUGUCGCUACCUUUAUGUAUUCUUAUCACCAUAAUCUUUUGCCUAGUAGCUUUCAUGACUUGUUCUUAAGUAGUAAUCAAGUCCAUCAAUAGGAAACUCGACUAGCCUCUCAGUAUAGACCUCAUUUUUGUAGAACAAAUAUAAAGCAAUUCAGUAUCCUUUACCGAGGACCUAAAACCUGGAAUUCGUUGCCUGUUACACUAAUUAGCUCUCUUUCUAUAUUUGUUUUUAAAAAAAAAUUUAAAGAAUUAUCUCACUGACAGCCGAUCUGUCGUUAGUUUUCUGAUCUUGUUCACUCUGCACUCAGCCAUGAAUUUAGUUCACUAGGUAGUUGAAGGAAGCCUAUCAAUAUAAGCUUCAAGCUUCGUUAGGCUUCCUUGUCACAUUAAAUUUAUAUUUACAACUUUUAUUCAUGUUGUAUAAGGUUUUGUGAGUGACUAAAUAAAUAAAUAAUAAAUCUUAUUAUUCUCAUGUCAUACUCAACUACUUUUAGCUUCUGGUCUUGCACUGUUUUGCAACACUGCAUUCUGGUAUUUAGUCAAAACUGUAGAAUCCCAUGCUUACUAGAUACUCCUUUGGUCGAAAAAUUUAAAUGAUUCCCUUUAUAAGGGAUCGAAUUUUGAAAAGUUGAUACGAAAUAAAUGUACUCUGUGGAACAUAAAAUAAGAGUGGUUGUCAGAGAAAACCGGGCAAAAUGUUAAAAAUGUCAACGGAAGGGGGUCAACAGAAUAAGUUCAUACUAACAUCAUAGAUAGGUCUGGUGGAGUAAUGGACAAAUAUACCAAACAGAGGUUCUUCACAGCCCUUGUAUUAGAGAUACGAGCAUCACUUUAUUCGACCACCUCGGACGCAAAAUUUAACGAGCGAAGUUUAUUUUUGCAUGCGAUACAACACAUCACAGAACUACUUUCUAAAACCGUAAGAUUUGUUAAGUAGCCACGGACAAGACUUUAUCUGACCUAAACUCAGUGUCUGCAAAUGAGCAAAAAUCGGGCAUUUUUGAAUUGAUUUACAGCGCACAACUAAAACGACAGAAGAACGCUGACAGCCAAAUUGCAGUCUACUAUCAUCCAUGUAACCAAAACACUAAUAAUCAUUUGGGCCAUUGAAACAGGAAGAAAUUAGAAAACUCACAUUUUAUUAUAGUUUCCUUUCUUUUUCUUGUAAACAGGCCGAUCGCUUCGUGUUUGUUUUAAGUCCUCUUCGUGAAUUUUCUUUCAUAUUUCGCUGUAAAGUAUGUUCAACAGCUGAAGGAAAUAUCAAAAAGCUCGAAAUACUGCCUAGGUUACAUUUUGAAAGGGAAAAAAGUGCUGAACGACGAAACUAGAAAAUAACAAAGCGACGCCAUCUUGAAAAUUCAGCACUCAGGAGGGACUGGCACUAGUAGCUGCCUUGUCCACAAGAUAAUAAAUUACCAAAUGGCUAAAAAACAAAAAAGAAACAAACCGGCUUAUCAGCGACCUAGUACAGUCCUAUUUCUUCUUCAAUUACUACUUUUAGUUAAAUUUACCUUGUUUUGUGUUGUCGAUUUUUUAUGGCGGAGUGAUGUGUGGUGAACAGGUGACCAAUUGGCAUUACUUUAUUCAGUCUUCAUUUGCUCUUCAUUCACUUCAUUUUGAGUUAUCCCGUAUAAGUCUUAGCGUUUCUUUGGACUCUUUAUUGUAUUAUCUAUUUUUGCGUUAGUCUUCAAUCACCGUCUCCUGUUCAUGAUUUCCUGAUGCACUUUUCAUAGUCCGGAAGACUUCGCCCGAAACACUACUAGCAGAGCUUGGGGGAAGUGAUUGAGUAGUCAUAAGCUUCAUGGGUGGGGAGGCUGAGUAGUUGUUCCUUGGACUUGGCUGUCUAGAGUCUCAGUACAGGCACCUUGUAACAAUUAAGAGUCAGGUCCGUAAUCUGACUAACUGUCAGUCACUAAAAAUUUAUCGAUGUACGUUUGAGCAACUUGUUGUUCUGAGUGAGUUUUGAUUUCAUUGAGCUUAAGUAAUUUGUAUUUAUAACUUUUCAAAAGAGAUUGAGCGGUUUUCUAUGUAAUAAAAGCGAACUUAUCCAGUAAUUUGCAGUGACACCUAAAUCUGUGGAAAAUUGUAAAUACAUAUAUUCCAUUUACAUCUGUAACUCAAUGCGAUAUUCUAAUUCCAUGGUCUAAUUCCUGCGAAUUUCAUGGAACUCCAUGGAGAUCAAUGGAAUUGGAUGCAGUAGUUUCCAUGGAAUUUCGUGGAACUUUUCCAUUGAAUACCAUUGAGAUUGAUGUCCUUAUCCCCCAUGGAAUGCCAUGGAAAUUUUUUCCUCGGAAAUCGAUGGAAUUCCAUGGAGGUAUUUCUUACGGUAUGUACCAAGUUAUUUAAAGGGGCUAUGUCACCGUAUUUUCUACCUUUUUAAAAAGCUAAGGCGUGUUUUCGAAUCAAUUGAAUUCCAAGAAUAAGACUAUGUUUAGGCAUUAAAACCGUUUCCUGUCGUCUGUUAAUAUGGAUGGCAAGGAUGAUUGAAACUUGAAAAAAUGGCCAGCCUUUUCAAUGUAAAAAAUUACCAAAAAAUAAUUAUGGCUAGUGCUGUCUGAUAAGUUUUGUUUGGGACCUUCUCCAUAACUCUAAAGGAGCAUUUUGUAUAAGUGUAUAGGUACUAAGUAAUGACUUCAGCACGUAAUAUUCCUAAAAACAGCAAUAUCCUCGAGACAAACCCCCCUUUAACACCAGGAUAAAUUAACUACUAUACGAUUAAAACGCCCGAUCACUGUUGUGGGAAGACAAAUCUCUUUCUUUUUUCCAUCAGCUUGACGUGGCGAGUGUUUCACCUUUUCCAAAACCAAACGUGUUAUUAUUCUCUUGUCUUAAAGCGUCAGCGUGUCCAAAUAUGGCAAUCCUGACAGGGACCUCAGGCAUCAUCACAAGUCCUUCUUACCCGGGAAAUUAUGGUAAUAACCACAAUUGCACAUGGAAAAUCAUGGCAAGUACAGGAAAUCGCGUCAAGUUGGUCAUUCAAGACAUGGACAUAGAAAGUGGGACUAACUGUCCCUACGACUAUAUACAAAUUCAAAAUGCUGUCAUAUAUGGCAGUGGCGUGCUCCCUGGGCGUUUAUGUGGUUCACUCACCAACAAUUCGACUUUUUCUUCUUACCACGAAACCUUGAUCGUAUGUUUUGUUACUGAUGGUUCUCUAACCGCCCGUGGAUUUAAAGCAAGAUACACUGUUAUUCCUGGUAAGUAGGAAGAAUUACGUUUUGGAGUGCUCUGCGCUUUAUCCAGUAUAGUAUGUUGCGCGAUAUCCCGGCACAAUCAGGCUUGUAAACACUAUAAAUUCUUGUUUGACCAUAGACGAUUUCUGAAUUUUGUCCUCAAAGAUAGUCCUUUACAUUUCUCUUGAAAGAUUUCCACUAUGCUCUAUUAAGCAUAUUUAAAAUCAGGGGCAUAGCCAGCCAUUUUUUUUAUUUAAGCCCGAUUUGAAGAGGUCCUGAGAAAGCGAGGGAGGAGAGAUCCAUUCAUUCAGUCGCUCAUUCGUUCGUUCGUUCGUCUCUCCCUCCCUCCCUCCCUCCAUCCAUCCCUCCCUCCAUCCAUCCAUCCAUCCAUCCAUCCAUCUAUCCAUCCAUCCAUCCAUUCAUUCAGAGAGUUGUAAAACUUUGGAACUUGAAUGUAAACGGUGCUGGUAUUGGUUCUGCAUGGCGAUAAAAAAAAAAAAAAAAGAUUGAGCACUCCUAGUAUUAUGUAUUUGGUUGUUCAUUGAAAAAACGCUAUUGAAUUUUCAAUGGCCCAAAAUGAUUAUUAGUGUUUUGGUUACAUGGAUGAUAGUAGACUGCAAUUUGGCUGUAAGAGUUGUUCUGUCGUUUUAGUUGUGCGCUGUAAAUCAAUUCCAAAAUGCCCGAUUUUUGCUCGUUUGCAGACACUGAAAUUAGGUCAGAUAAAAUAAGAAAAUUUUAGUCUUGUCCGUGGCUACUUAACAAAUCUUACGGUUUUAGAAAUUAGUUCUGUGAUGUGUUGUAUCGCAUACAAAAAAUAAACUUCGCUCGUUAAAUUGUGCGGGUUCUGUGGAGUUUAAGAAAAUGGUGAUAAUUUGCUUAUAAAAAUGGCGUCCGAGUGGUCGAAUAAAGUGAUGCUCGUAUCUCUAAUACAAGGGCAGUGAAGAACCUAUGUUUGGUAUAUUUGUCCAAUACUCCACCAGAACUAUCGAUGAUGUUAGUAUGAACUUAUUCUGUUGACCCCCUUCCGUUGACAUUUUAAAAAUUUUGACCGGUUUUCUAUGGCAACCACUCUUAAGAGAAAUGUUAGGGUUUGUGAGGUGUAAAUUUGGUUGUCCACAGAAAUUGAAAUUUUUUGGGAGUGUUAAUAUCAUAUAUUUUCAGUGGCCGCUAAAUAAAGAGUAGAAGUUACUGAAUAAAAUAUCCUUUUAAAUGGCAGUCCUCCAAAAGUGACAGACUCUUGAUAUUAUUUAUUUAAGACAAUUUACGACAGAAACAUUAAAUAGACUGAACUUUUACGACACGAGAGUGUUGCUACGGAGUUUUCGGCUUAAGUACCAAAUUUUCGCUGAAUUAUUCCUCUUAAAUGAACCUAAUAAAAAUUGUUUUCUACGUAAAAUCAACAAAAUAGAAAAACUGAAAAUAGAAUGGAAAGCGUUACCAAACAGUCACAUAAAGUCACUGUACAUCUAAAGUUAGCCAUUGUUAAAAGGGCACUAAUGACGAGCCUAACUUGUAUAGUCUGGGAUAGCCCAGACUUAAUGCAAUUUGGAUUUCUUUUCUUUUCUUUUUUCUUUCUUUCUUUCUUUUUUUGUUUGUUUGUUUGUUCGUUUUUUUAAUAAUCCAAUCUCAAGCUGCAUUUUUAAACUUCCUAUACGUAGCGAGAUUUACAAUUGUAAAUUCAAAAACAUAAAUAAAGUUUCCAUUUAUUAUCAUUAUUAUCAUUAUCAUUAUUAUUAUUACUAUAUAAUGCAGUAUUACAUGCCUGAGUGCUCAUACUAUUGAUGAAAUAACACAGGAGAUGGGCGUCUCACUUGUGCGAGUCCUGGAAAACAUGUUUCCUCGCCCUAUUCUUCUUCGCGCCGGUAAAAUUUUCCAUGAACUCUCACAAGUGAGUUGUUUGCAGGCUAGACCGUAACCAGCCCCACCGCCGUUAAAUCGUUUUUUUUUUUUCAUGUAAACUUUUGAAUUGUUUAUAAUAUCAAUGCUUUACGGUAGAAAAAGAAAAUGGUUUCCAUUACCGGUAUUUUCGAACUUAAAAAAAUGCCUUAGUUGAAACACAGGAAAGGUUUAUUGUUUAUUACACCAAUAUGGCCGCCUUGACGCUGAGGAGGAAAUAAUCGAUGGUGUGGCUAUUAAAAUAGGACCUCUUUGGCAACAAUUUAACAUGGUACCAGUAUGUUUUUCAGCUUUUGGAAGUAAAGUUUGGAAAUGUGUUUGAAUUUUGACUUUGGACACCUUUGACAGUGGAAGGGUCAAACAAAUAACCGUUGUAGCGAAGAUAGUAUGACAUUAUUACCUAUCGUAUUCUUUGUUUGCGUUUCAGAUCGCUGGCAGAAGCUCAAUCGCUCUCCAGUGUGUUUUGGGGCCAAAGGUGACAAGUUUGGAAACUUCAGCGCUCCAGCUGGAAGGUUAGCCGCCAUAAAGCUGGUUUAUCUGUACGGUUAUGUAUCCUGCAGCACCAAUGUGUCUUCCUAUUGGUCUUACUGGGGCUGCGGUGUCGAUCCAAGGAACGCAAAAAACACUCAUCGACAAGUCAACGUUGUCAUAACAAACUCAAGCAAUCACAUUCUACUGCCACCAAAUCAGCUCAUCAGCGAUGUAACCAUGAAGUGGUACACGAUUCCUGGAUAUAACUCCCUCUCACCCGAGCUUGUUCUGUCAGUUUUCUUGAAUCCUAUUAGCUUGUCUUCCAAUCAAGUGUUACGUCUGUGGUACGGCGAAGAUCUGGCGAAUCACAAAGAGGAAGACAACGGGGGAAGAGUUUGCGCUGAUGUUUAUUCUACCUACGACUGAAAGGAUUCAAUGCUUUUACAGAACUUAUAUACCAUAUAAAAAGAAUUUAAAUAUCAGUUUUGCUAAGUAACGUUUAAUGAAAUAAACUUCUACUUAGAGUGCUUCGUUAGUCUAGUGUAAUAGUUCACAAGCACAUAAUUAUGUCUUACACUAACUUAUUAAACAUGGUGUUAAAGUAAGGUUUUUAUUUCAAGAUCUUCUACUAGGCUUGCCCAAUAAAAUGAUUAUUUCGAAGGAAGCUAGUUAUUUCCUGCCUUAGCUGAAUUCCGUCCCUCCGCAAGAAACUAGGCUAAUACAUUUACAUGUUUAUUAUAACCUUGAUGAAAUAAUCAUCAGACUGAUGUUUACAACAAAUACAAACAACAGCGAAAAGUCAAAACAAAACAAAACAAAACCAAAAAAAUAAAACAAAGAGACAAAAACAAACAAACAAAAAAAAACUACAAAUUAAAACAAAAACAUAUGUUACAUCGGAAAAAAAAAACAUUGUUUUAAUGUUGAAAAGAUCCAUAGUAGAAAAACUCAUUAUUUAGUCGGGUUAGGAACUGAAAAAUGGAAAAAGUAAAAAUAUAUCACAACGUACUUUUGCUACUUUUAUUUGCAUUGGUGUGAUCAAGGCAAAGUUUCUUAGUCAAUGGGUCAGUCUAGAUCUCUCCAUUGUAGAAUCUCUGUAACCUCUGCAGUAAAUAGCCCACGUUCGAUAUAUUAAAAUUUUAAUAUGACUCAGAGGCGUUAGGCUCAAAAUUGCACAUUUUCACGACUCCAUUGUCUUGCAAGUCCCAAAAGAGACUUGAGCAUAAAGAAAGCCAAACCAGAUAUAGAAAAAUGACCAGAAAGCCUCAUGGUCAUGUUAGAAUUUUAAUAUAUCGAACGUGGGCUUAUUACAACAAGCGUAGACUGGCUCUCUGAUUUUGGCGUCCGUUUUGAAAAUCAACGGUUCUGUUUAAUGCCUGCUUCUUUUGGAGUUUGAGGUCUGCUGAAAAGUGUUAUCAGCUUCUCCAAAAACACAAGAGUAAAUUCUAAAACUAACUACCAUGAACUAGGAGCCUUCGGCGACCCAUUGCUUUUGCACGUGAAAUUAUUUCUUGUCGCAAAGCACUUGACUGAGUCGAGCCGCAUGCAUAAUUUGAAAGUUUUAACAAUACAGCACAGAAUAAUUGCAUUGCCCAUGGACGAUCAUUUGAACUACACAAUUACAAUCAAGGCUUCGACACUCAUAGUUUUGGUGGAAGAAUGAAUAAUAUGAGGUAAGCUGCCCUGGUUCCCUUUUCCCUCUUAAAUGCAAAGCAUGUCAACCACAUCAUUUUGCAAAUAAAUUAUUUAAGUGGACAGUGUAACCAGCGGUAAAGCUCAAAAGUAAACAUUCUUAAAACAAUAUUUCAUUAAAUUUCUUAUGUACUGUCGUGUAUUAUCAGGUUUAAAAACUUAGAAAAUGUGUGACCCCAUUCUAGUAAUUCUAUUGAAAAUGCGACCCUAUUAUAGUCAAUCCAGUCGUGAAAAUGCGACUCCAUCCAGCGGCAUAUCCCAUUAGCCUCUUAUAAGGAAGUAACCCCCCUCCCCCGGGGGAAGUAGUCCUCAAUUUUUGAAUUUUUGAAUAUUUCCAUAUGAAGGUUUCCCUGGGUAGAAAAGCGUGGUAAAUUCAAGGGUUUUGCCUUUGAAUUUGAUGUUGUGCUCAAGACAUUCCGGCCAAAGUACAACAUUUUCCAAAACAAUGACGUUACUCCAAUAAUUAAUAACAACAUGAAGAAUGUUCAAUCGACAUGAAAUACACAAAGUAUACAUCACAUAGGGUAUUUCCAGAGAAACUGAGUAUUAAGGGCUAAAAUUCGAUUCAAAAAUUAUAACAAAACUGUGAAGUAAUUUUCACGUGAUAUUUAUUCCGAUCUCCAAAAAUAAUGUACACUCUGUGUGCAAUCCAUAUAUCAUAAUGGAUCUACAGAAAAGAUCAAGCCAUUUAAGUAAUAGGAGCUUGGUUCAAAGGUGGAAUUUGUGCCUAAUACAUAAACCUUAGCUAAUACUAAUGGAUGUUUUCAGCUAUCUUUGCUACCCAGGAAAGUUUGAGAAUUUAAUCUAUCUACGACUUUUGAAUCAAUCGAUGUUUUCGUGAAAGUAUGUAGGGAAAGAGCUCGUUUUUGCCGUGAUGCAUAUUCUUUCCUUUUAUCAAAAUCACGCAAGUCUACCUGUCUCUUAUGGUCUGAAGAAUGUUUAAGGGACAUUUGUUAAUUAAUAAAAGAGUGAAUGAUAAGUAGCCGAACUGUUUGCUUAAAUAAAGUCUUGUCUUCAUGCAAAAAUUCCUCUUUAGAUUUUGUAAAACGCGUUGCACAGCAGAAGGGAAGAACCCAGUGUACAUAACCAGCAUAGAACAGUCUAAAGGAAAACGCGAAUUAUAAGGGCUGAUAUUCGAUUAAGAGCUAAAACAAAUGUGACGUCAUUCUCACGUGACAUUCAUUUCGAUUCCGUCCAUAACUGGCCAAGCUGUUUAAUCUAACGAAUGGAAGGUAUGCCUACAAAAAUACGGGCCAGCCAUCUUAAAUAAUCCUAGGCCAAAAGAACACCAUCACAGUUUACCAGAACAAAAUAUCAAAAGAAUUUAUGCGGACAAUUCAUUGUCUUUAAUUCAAAAAUAGGGAUGACUAUUAAAUCUAUGAGUGCAUUACAUGAUCUAGUACUAUGUUUGGCAGAAAUGAUUAGUUAUAUGCCAGAUUUGGUUGUUUCUUGACUACAGCUAACUCCUAAACUUUCUGAAUUCUUGUCUCUAAACGCGAAUAAUUCUUGAAACGCUACAGUACAGUACUUUCCUUUUCUCUGCAAUGUUGAGAUGUGAUUGCAAAGAUGCGUGACUACAACAACAAUGUAAAAGGAAGAGGGGAGGGAACAUAGGAGAGCGAACUUUUCCAAAGUGUUUCAAGGGUUUUAUCUGAUAUUGUAACUAGACGGUUUUAUUACAUUUAUUCAAAGAGUAAAAUUAAGCUUACUAAGGACACAGUUGAUAAAGCGUUGUUCGCAAUAGGGAGCACAAUAAUAGUAACGACAAGAAAAAAAAAACUACAACAAAAAUAAAUAAAUGUCAGUUAGUCUAACAGCACUAACGUUUGUCUAUAUUAAGCGAGUUGGGUUUAGGGUCAAUACAAGGGGUUUUCCUGAGUUAAAAACAAAGCAGAGUUCAUGAUCACAUGGUGUUUGUAUUAGCGCGUUUUAAUAAGUGUUUUUCCUUUUUGUGUAUGAUUCCGACCAAUGUCGAUAUCGUUCCUGGAGUGUAAAUAGAUAACUUCUGAGUAAAGAAGGGUUUCAUUGGGUAUUGAUAUUCUACCCAAGAUUUAUAGGGAAAACGAGAAAACGAGUCAGCACUCAUUAGUAAUUUGGAGGUUUCUUUAAAACUUAAUUGCUGAGAGGCUGCCCUAAACACACAGGUUUGACAUUUUGAUGUGAGAGUCUCCAAGUGUUUUUCACUACCAUGUGGAUGUACAGUUACAGUGGUAUAGUACCACGGAAGAGCAUAUAAAUACCUUUUGCCUGAACUGACCUUGACGCUUCAUGUUUAUUGAUCACCUGAUGAACAACCACAUUUUUUAUAUUCUUACGACCAAAAAGUAGUAUUUCGAUAUUUGGAACAGAAACUCUGAAACCAGAAUAAGACUUUAAUUAAUCUACACUAUCCCACUGUAAUGGUGGAUCGAUCAUAUUACAAUUUUAGGGUGGCCUGUUUAGCAGGGCUUGAACGGAAAAUCAAUUAAAUCUUUGAUGGGAGGCCGUAGGUUCAAACCCCGGCCGGCCCAACGUAAACACUCAAGGUCUUUAGAUAACUGAGGAGAAGUGCUGCCUUUGUAAUAACAUCUGCAAACGGUUAGACUUUCUAGUCUUCUCGGAUGAGGACGAUAAACCGUAGGCCCGUCUCACAAGCCCUUACACAUGUAAUAUUAUCUGUGGACGGUUGAAGAACCUAUACACUCUUUGUAGAGAGUAGGGCAUGUAGUGCCCGGUGUAGUGGUCUAUCUCGCUUUCACACUCACGUAUCAAUCAAUCAAUCAAUCUUUAUUUCACUCUACAAACUGUGUCACUUACAUAGGUACAUUUUCACAACAGAAUAGGAAGAGUAGAGUAGGAACUUUCGACAAAACCCUUCUGUGCUCAACUAGGAGAGCCCCUGCUGUAAAGUAUAAAAUGAUUGAUACAUUAUCAACAUGUGACUGGCUGUACUUGUUUUAAUUAGAUAAUUACAAAGGCUAUCUUUGGUAUGAUUAUAUUACUUUAAUAAAUCAAUAUAAUGUUCUAAAUUCUUUUCUUAAAAAUAUUAAAUGAUUCUGAGUUUUUGAUGAAUAUGGGAAGGUUGUUCCAAAUUUCACAUCCUUUAAAUCUGAUAGAAUAUCUUUUAUAAUUCGUACGUGCCUGUUCUUUGUGGAUUUUGAAUGAGGACCAGGUUUUAUGGUUAUGGAAAUAAUUAUUAGACAAGAAAAGAUCUUUGAAAGUGAUAGGAAGUGCUUUUGCGAAAAAUUUAAAUGCAAAUAAUACUAUCGCCUCACCAUCAAUUGGUAAAAUAGAGAGAUUUUCAAAAAUUGGACUUGCAUGAUCUCUAGGAUAUAAAAAUGAAAUAGCCCUGACAAUCUCCUUUUGUAGUUUUUAGAUUGAUUCUAAUCUCGAGGGAUAAGUAUUUGCCCGUAUAUUAUAUUUCCAUAAUUAAGAUAAGGGUAAAUUAAUGAAUAAUAUAGGGUUCUCAUAGUCUGAGAGGGAAGGAAGUGUCUAGCUUUAAAUAAAAUACCACUUGUUUUUUGCUAUUUUGGUUGUAAUAUGUUUGAUAUGUGUUUUCCAUGUUAAAUUAGAGUCAAUAUACACCUAUUUCAAAAAAAGGUUGUCGGAGAGAAAGGCGAAUGGCAAUUGUCGAACGGAGAUUGUACGACCGAAAGGAAUUGUGGGUUUUGAAUAUUGAAGAUAGCUUAUCCACUAUCUAGCUAAGCUAAUCAAUGACGCCGGCUCUAUUUAGUGAAGGCCUUCAAUGGCCGGUUAGUAUGGUUUGUCCAUGUUCUUAAGCAUUCAUUUGGCGUUUCUGAAAGAACAGUUGAGCGCUAUAUUUCUAAAUUUCUUGUGACUGGCGAUGUAAAGUCGGAGACAAUAGGCCGUUCAUACGAGGAAACGAGGAAGAUCUUUCAAUUUGAAAAAAAGCGUGAGUUUCUUUUGUCUUCGCCGUCAAGAACCCUCAGACAAACGUUCAUAAGCAACUUGUGAAACUUUGCGUAUCAAAUAACGUAACCACAGUUCCUUUCGGUCGUGCAACCUCCGUUCGACACUGAUUCGCCGUUCGCCAUUCUCUCCAACAACCUUUUUUGAAAUAGCUGUAUAUUCCUAAAAAUUUGGUUCAUUCAACUUGUUUUAUUUCAGUAUCGUUUAUUUUUACUAUUAUGUUGUCGAUUUUUUUCCUUCUAGUGUAUGGGGGAAUCAUUACUCAUUCCUUCAUUACUUGUAAACUGCACCUUAAGUCCCCCAACCAGUGUUGUCAAUUAUCCCUGAAAAGCCCUGCGGGGAGUGGAUAAUAAGAUAUUUACAAUAUUUACAACCUUUUUCCAUUGUUGGCUAAAAAUAACUUUGACCUCAUUUCAUUUAUUCUGUCGUCCCUCCUUGUCGGAAAAAUCCAGAAAACACAAGUGAAGUGACAGGGAGGUGCUCUUGUUUAUUAAAUCAAAUAUACACACUUUAUCAGAGCAAAAUCUCAGCGGAUGGAGUAUUUUAUGAUAAAGGGGGCCUAGAGAUAUAGUAUACAGUGGCAAUAUGGGCGCGAUAGCGGCCAUCAGGACUGCGAACGGCGCACUUUUCUAAGGAGUUUGGGGUGCAUGCUCCUCCUGAAAAAUUUUUGAGAUUGAAGUUCUCUGAUAUGCAAGUCUGGUGCGUUCUGGACUCUUAAAUUUAUCAAAUGUCUGGAAUCCAUAUUGAACAUGUAAUGCUGAAAUAUUUUAUAGAGUGUUUUCACUCACGUGGUCAGCAUCUAUGCAAAUUUAUUGGAACAAAAGAAAGCGUCUGCAUAAGAAAAGAAUUCAAGUCCCACACGAUUGGUUUGGGACACCAACAUGGCGGCCGUUUCAUUGUUUUGGGACACCAAUAUGGCCGCCGUGACUUCAUGUGAAAACACUCUAUCAACGAUGGGUGUAGUUGUGGCCAAGGAAGUAAUUAACACUUUAUGAUGCCAGCAUGGGCCGAAGCGAUUGCGGCGAGAGCCGGCAACCUCCCAAGAAAGACAAGGUUCGGUAAAUUUUCUUAUUAACAAUUUUUAUUAAAGAAAAUAUAUUUAAGCUAGAAAUCUCGAAGUACCAUCAGACACAUGUACACGUUUACAAAGGAAAAAAAUUCCCGGACAAAAGGGGGGGCCAGGGCCCCCUGGGCCCACCCCUAAAUCCGCCCUUGAAAAUAACAGGAAACUCACGGAUAGACUACACUGUUUUUUUAUCUCCACAAAACGUACAUCUUAUUAAGCUCGCGGUUGACAAAGGAUUGUCCGUAUUGGCGAAGUCAACUUUUCAUGGGAAAAGAAAAAAGUGUUCAUUAUAUGCAUUGAUAGAUUUCUGUAUUAAGGAUGUUAAAUUUAUAUUUACUGAAAUACAAUACAAGCUAAGGGAUUUAUCUCCGUUUAUAAGCCGGGAAAAGUCAAAGUUUAACUUUUUUCAAAAGAUUUGUUCUAAUGUCAGUGUAGCUCGUGGAAAAUUAGGUCGACAUCUUCUAAGCCUGGCUUUGGCCAUUAAGACUGACAGCAAGAAGAAGAGUGCCGCAAAUAUCACCGGGUAAUGAAUGGUGAAGGUGUAUUUGUUAUGAGCUAUUUAAUUUGUCACCAAUAUUUUAAAGAACGCGUCCUUAAUCAUCGCGAUGGUCCAUCGCACGUACUUAUAGUUACGUAAUACGUAUUAAGUGGGUGUUUUUUUCGGCAAAAGCUUUCUGCCAGCGUCGAUAUAGUUCCUGGAUAAUUAAUAGAUUGCUUCCGCGUAAAUAGAGGAUGGCUCUCUUCAAGAAGGCUGACAUCGAGAGAAUAGGGACGCAAGUAUCACUGGGCAAUAUACCCAAUAUAAAAUAGGGAAGACAAGGAAGACAAUUAUGCAAUUCAGACGUUAGCUAAAAUCGACUCAAUUCCUCUUUUAUGAUGCUUUUGCCAAUUGUUCUGCUUGGUAUUACCACUGUUUCGUUUUCCUUGAACAGCCAAACACCUCGGUUUAGUAGCUGUAGAUGCACAUGCAGUGCAAAGCAGAACCUAAGCUCCCUAGAAGCAAAGGUGCAGACUCUUCUUGGACUGAACAACAAGACUUCUGGCCUCAGCGAUGCCAUCGAGUCUUUAGAGGCAAAGGUGGAGAAUGUCAGUGAUGCCGUUAAGUUCUUAGAAGCAAAGGUCGAGUCUCUCAUUGAAUCGGUCAACAGAAGUUUUUCUUUAAUGUCACGACCGGCUCCAAAACCCUCUGGUAAGAAAAUUUAAUAAUUUAUUAAAUGAUAAGUCUUAAGUUUUCGAAAUUUGGUUUUUAAGGCAACCUCUGAAUAUUUAUAAAAAUUUCGGUUAAAUAGUCACGCCAGCUUUUCCUUUUGUUUUGUCAAUCAUGCGAGUAGCCUGAAUUUCAUCCGAAUUCUUCGAGUCGUUAUUACUCCCUCAGUAACGUCUGAAUCGACCGGCCGUUAAUGACGUCCAGUGACGUCACUACUCCUUGACCUUUGCUUUAAUUCAUGCAAAAAGUAAAACACGAUAUUCAAGUGGCAAACCGAGAAAUAUCGUUUGGAAAUGUCUGCAUGAUACAGAACUGCUUUAUUUUUUUCGAUUGCAAUUCAUGCUUAACGUUCAAACUAUCAACUGCAAUCAGUACAACUCUGAACCGGUUGUAAUAAAUUCGAUAAUCAAACUCGAUCGCAAUCACGCAAAUGAAAUAAACACACACACGGAACACUUAGUUCAAAAACACAAUGAUUUGCUUUAGAAAAAAAAAAACAAGGAGACAAGAAAGAAAAGCUAACAGAAUCAUUACACUUGACGGUAAAAAUAGCAAGAAGGUCGAAUUAUAACACUGAUCUCAGAAAACUUCGCGUAAACAAAAUCACCGGCCGCCGAAACCACAAAGCCGGGCUCUAAAUGAAAAACCUACCGACUCUCCGCAAUGAUUCUUCAUUCGCAGUUCAAUUUAGCAUUUUCAGUUUCGAAGACAAGGGCAAUUUUGCUGUUUAAGAUAAAGAUUAAGCUUAUCGAAAUGUUUGAACUAAACGAACCAGGGAUGCGAUCCACUGAAUAUCAAUAGCAUUAAGGCCAUUUUCGAGGAGUUAGAACGAACGAGGUACAGAAAUACACGAAAUAUUGUGACUGUUGGCCAAGCCCCUUCCAGGCUGCCGCGCAUUAACCAAUGCAAGCCACUACUUCUGAACGAAUGAACCAUUUAGUGAAGAAUGUGUGCUUCUUAUUUUUUUUAUAUUCCUUGUUUGAAUUCCAGAGCGAUGGUUGAAGCUUAAUCUCUCUCCAGUAUGUUUUGGGGCCCAAGGUGACAAGUUUGGAAAUUUUACCGCUCCAGCUGGUAGGUUAGCAGCCAUAAAGCUGGUUUGGCUAUACGGGUAUGUGUCCUGUUUCAACAGUGUGACUUCUGAUUGGUCUUACUGGGGCUGUGGUGACAAUACUUGGGACUCAUUCACUGACACUCGAGUCAACGUAGUCAUAACAAACUCAAGCAAUCACAUUCUACUGCCACCAAAUCAGUUCAUCGGCGAUGUAACCAAUAAGUGGUACACGAUUCCUGGAUAUAACUCCCUCUCACCCGAGCUUGUUCUGUCAGUUUUCUUGAAUCCUAUUAUCUUGUCUUCCAAUCAAGUGUUACGUCUGUGGUACGGUGAAGAUCUGGCGAAUCGGAACGAGGGAGUCAACGGGGGAAGAGUUUGCGCUGAUGUUUAUUCUACCUACGAUUGAAAGGGUUCAUUAAAAUGCUUUUACAUAACAUAUAUACCAUAUAAAAAG